AGAAUUUUUCUGUAUUUACAAACUGUGGCCAGACCAUCUGUUUGGCAAAUAUCAUCCCACCACAUGGGACAGAGCAAGUAUAAGCACUGCAGAAAGCCUGAGAAACCCAAUUGCAAAUGCUGAAGUGUCUGACGCCCCCUGGAGUUUAAAAGUGACCUCUUCAGCAGCAGAGAUUGCUAAUCAAGUUUCAGCAGGGACUGGUUUUCAAGAGACUUCUCACCCCACAUCGUGCCAGUUUCCUUCAGAAGGGGCCAUGGUAAACAGUUCACUCUCCCUUUCAGCGGACACUCUCUGCCACUGUGUGACAGAGGAUACUGGGCAAAAAAGACAUGGUAGGAUGGUUUGGAUAGUAAGGGUUUGGAUAAGGAUGAUCCAGCCUCAGACAGGUAGAUGAUCUCUGGCAGUCCCUUCCAGCCCUACUCCUCUAUGUAUCUAUGGUCUGACCCAGUGAAUGGCAGUUCUUAUGAGUCUGGUCCUGGGUAAAUGAGCCAGAUCAGAGACAAAGGCCCAUGUGAAAGAUAAGGGGAGCUGCUGGGUGCUGAGAACAUCUGCAGACUUGGACCUUCUUGAGAUGCCUAAAGGGAACCGAGUUCUGUUGCAAAUCAGGUCCCCUGUGACAGCCUUGUCCUGAGCUCUUAAAAAAUAGAGCCAGGGACCAUCUGGGAACAAGGAGGAGUGGAAGUCGUCUCAGCUGCCUCUUUCCUUCACCUCUGCCCCUUUGCUCUUCAGUGGUAAACUCUGAGAAGCAGGAAUAUGCCUUCCUGGUUAUGUGGGCUAAAACAUACUAGUUGAUCUAGGAGCCAAUUGUCUCAGGCUUUGACUCACAUCAAAAGAGGUGCAGGACGGACCACGUGUGUCUUGAAUGGCAAUUACCUUGAAUUAGCCCUCAUCAUCCAGAGAGAGCUGGGGGGUGGAGGGGUGGAGUUGUUGGCAACUUCUCCAUUGGGGGAUGAUCUCUGCCACGGCUGUUUGAUGGGUCUUGAAGUGACUAAGAGUCCAAUCCUUGAGCCACAGAUCCAUCCACAGAAGCUGCUGGCCUUUCCACAGGGGAGAGCAGGCCUCAGGCUGGGAUUCCUCUCCUUUACCUUCCUUUGCUCUCUCUUCUCUGCUUGGAGGGCAAGAUGCUUUACCUCAAAACAGGCCGCUGCUUAGUCGAGACGGCAGUGCCACUGGAGUCGGCCAGCAGCCAGCUUCUCCCAGCUCUUGAUGUCGGCAUCCACUUUCUCGAGGUGUGCCUUCAACAUGCCCUUGUCACAGUUCCUCAGGCUGUCACAAGACCUCAGGCUGUUACUAAGCUGGGAGCAGAGCACUUGCUUUAGGAGUCAAGAGUCAGGCAUCCGCGCACGACGUCCAGGCCAACAAAACUGGUGCUCGAGGAUCACCAACUCCAGGCUGGUAACCCUAGCCUCAGCAAAGAUCCUGGCACUGGCGUGGCCACCUUCCCAUUUGAUGUGGAAGAUUUCCUGGAGGCGUCCAGCCCCUCUAGGCUCUUGAGAAGAUAAUGGCAGGUCACCCACGUUUCACAUCCAUCGACUGGAGUGGGGCGCCACAACAGCAUUAUGGACCUGAACCUUGGGGUCUUUUUGGAGAUUGUGAGGGACAAAGGCACUCAUCUCCCGAAGGAGGCACUUGUGCACUGGAGCUCCUCAUCCAUGUUCCCUCCGGGGUAGUCUACAAUCAGUGCAUCAGGGAAAAGGAGGCUGGAAGGGACCUCAGGAGGCGUCUAGUCCAACCCCUGCUCCAAGCAGGACCAGCCCCAGCUAGAUCAUCUCAGCCAAGGCUCGGUUUAGCCACGUCUUAAAAACCUCCGAGGACUGAGACACCACCACCUCCCCGGGCCCCCGGCUCCAGGGCAGCCGGGCGGAGCCGGCCAGGCAGCACCCCUGUUGGGACAGGCGCCCUCUAGAGGUUCAACUGAACCACCUCCCGCCCUGAUUGGCUCCAUGCCAUGCCAAUCCAUGCCCGCCUCGACCAGUCGCAAGUGCCCCCCACUAACUCCGGCUUCUUCUUCCAGCCUGGUUUUCACGCCCCCAUUUAUCAAGCCAGGGCAAGAGCGAGAGCCCCGCCUCGCUCCCAAUUGGAAAGCUGCGCUCUCCAUCAGCAACCCGCUCCUCUCACUGGACGCGCGUAUCCGUCCGUCAUUCCCAAAGCCGUCGCCCAUUGGCGGAGCCGCCAUUCCAUCACGGGGGGGCCGCUGGCACGGCUCAGGCGUCCAUCAGGGAGAGGAUUGGCCAGCGCCGGGCAGCCGAGGCUCCUAUUGGCGGGCAAACGCGCGACUCGGGUGCAGAUUGGCCAGGCGGCGCCGGAGGGGGCGGGAUGUGCAGGGCGGUGCCCGGGCGGCCGAGGAGGAGGAAGAUGGCGCCGUGAGGGGGUCGGAGCCGCCGCCGCCUGCGCCGCAGCCAGAUUCAGAGGACAGUAUGGCUGCUACGGCUGCAGUCAGCCCUAGUGAAUACCUGCAGCCUGCUGCAUCAACAGCACAGGACUCUCAACCAUCUCCACUAGCCCUGCUUGCAGCGACAUGUAGCAAAAUUGGUCCUCCAGCAGUAGAAGCAGCAGUCACUCCUCCUGCCCCACCUCAGCCCACUCCUCGAAAACUCGUCCCAAUCAAACCUGCGCCACUUCCUCUGGGUUCCAGUAAGAACAGUCUUGGAAUCCUGUCGUCAAAAGGGAACCUCUUCCAGAUCCAAGGGUCUCAGCUUGGGACCUCAUAUCCUGGGGGGCAGCUGGUUUUUGCCAUUCAGAACCCAACCAUGAUCAACAAAGGGGCCCGGUCAUCAGCAAACAUCCAGUACCAGACAGUCCCUCAGAUACAGGCUGCAGGGGGCCAGACCAUCCAGGUGCAACAGAACCUUGCCAACCAGAUUCAGAUUAUUCCCGGAACCAACCAGGCUAUCAUUGCUCCUUCCUCCUCUGCACACAAACCUGUGCCAAUCAAGCCUGCUCCAGCACACAAGGGAGGGGUGUCAUCAGGGCAGAGCACAAGCAAUGUAGUCAAGUUAACCAGCGGCAGCAACGUGACGCUCACCUUGCCUGUGAACAACCUGGUUAGCAGCUCUGAGUCUGGGACACAGGCACAGAUAAUAGAGAGCCCGUCAAAACCCAGCAAAAAGACUAGAAAGAAAGCCAUGUCGCCGGCUCAGACGACAGCCAUGGCUGUGGCUGAGCAAGUGGAAACAGUGUUGAUAGAGACAACGGCAGAUAACAUCAUCCAAGCAGGGAAUAACCUGCUCAUCGUGCAGAGCCCUGGCUCAGGCCAGCCAGCCAUGGUCCAGCAGGUUCAGGUGGUCCAACCCAAGCAAGAGCAGCAGGUAGUACAGAUUCCCCAGCAGGCCCUGCGAGUGGUCCAGGCAGCCUCCGCCACACUCCCCACCGUCCCUCAGAAGUCUUCUCAGAACUUUCAGAUACAGACAACUGAACCAACUCCUACCCAGAUCUAUUUCAAAACACCAUCGGGUGAACUGCAGACUGUGCUGCUCCAAGAAGCCCCAGCCAUGACAGUGGCCCCAUCUGUCACCACCUGCAGCAGCCCUGUAUCCCGCAGUUCCCAGACAGGAGGAAGUAGCAAAAAACCAGCCACUCGCAAAGAGCGCACCCUGCCAAAGAUUGCUCCUGCUGGGGGCAUCAUCAGCUUGAACGCAGCUCAGCUGGCAGCUGCUGCCCAGGCUAUGCAGACUAUUAACAUUAAUGGCGUCCAAGUCCAAGGCGUACCUGUCACCAUCACCAACACUGGAGGCCAGCAGCAGCUGACAGUCCAAAAUGUGUCUGGCAACAACCUGACCAUCAGCGGCCUGAGCCCCACCCAGAUCCAGCUGCAGAUGGAGCAGGCGCUAUCUGGCGAGAUCCAGCCUGGGGAGAAGAGGAGGCGCAUGGCAUGUACAUGCCCCAACUGCAAGGAUGGGGAGAAAAGGUCUGGGGAUCAGGGGAAGAAGAAGCACAUCUGCCACAUCCCCGAAUGUGGCAAGACCUUUCGUAAGACCUCACUGCUGCGGGCUCAUGUGCGCCUGCACACAGGCGAGCGACCUUUCGUCUGCAACUGGGUCUUCUGUGGGAAGAGGUUCACACGCAGUGACGAGCUGCAGCGGCAUGCCCGGACACAUACAGGUGACAAGCGUUUUGAGUGUGCCCAGUGCCAGAAGCGCUUCAUGAGAAGCGACCACCUGACGAAGCACUAUAAAACCCACCUGGUCAAGAACUUGUAGGGCCAGUGGCAGCAGUGGGGCUACCUGCUGGCCACUUAAGUCCCUCGUGAAGGGUUCCUGCAAGGGUACAGCGUAGGGAACGCACAGAUGGCCAGUCUGGAACUCGGCAGCCCUCAUCCCACUCCUGGUUUCAGCAUCCUCGUGGAGGUGUCUGCACAGGGAAAGGAGUCAAUGGGGUUGUCCUUCCACAGAGGCCAUCCACUCUGCUGCGCAGUCCUUGGGAACCCAGCUCCUCUACUCACAGAGUAUGUCAGACCUGGACAUUGAUUGCACGGGCCACAGCACUUAGGACCGGGGCAGAGGAAGGGACCUUCAUUUCCAAAGGAAUAUGCUCAGAUGGGCAUGAGAAGCUGAACCACCUCUCGGCGCCACAGGCUGAGAGGGACCCGCCAGCAGCACUGGGCACCCCUUCCAAACGGGCCUUGUGCAAGUGGCACAAGGAUAUCAUCGAAGCUUUCUCACAACAGUCCCGCCUCCCCCAUGUGCUUUGGAAGCUUUGACAUGACAGAGGGGGGCACCACUCCAUGGACAGGCUUGGAAGAGGCCACCUGGCAUUCUGCAGCACAUUCCUACUUUAUAUUUAAAAUGUAUAAAUAUCUAUAAAUAUAUAUAUAUAAAUAUCUAUAUAUAUAUAAAUAUAUAUAAACUCCUUUGAAAAAGUCCUUUUUUCUAUGGAGAUUGUUGCCUUACGCUCCCAGUUCCCAAUUAUGAACACUGUGUAAUGUGAGUGCUUCUUUAUUUUUAUUUAAUUGCUCCCUUUUAAUAAGCUGCCCUUCCCUUCUCCCCACAUCCUUUCCCUGCUGAAGUUUAUUUUACAAUAAUGAAGAGGUUUUUUUCUCUCCACCUGUUUAUAUAUAUAUAUAUGUAUAUGUAUAUUCCCCUCCCCCCUCUCUUUUCACUUCCAAGUGGCAUGGCGUUUCACUUCAAAUCUUGAAACUGUCAAUCACCCUUGAUACAGAGCCCCCCAUCCCAACUGUGUAUAGUGUAUAUUGUAUCAUAGACUAUAUUGCUUUUGUGGUUCCUACAUGUUUCAAAAAACAUAUGAACUGUUAUUUUUGAGCUUUUAAAUUAAAAACAAAUCCACUUUA